CGACAGCAGACGGAUGAUGGCGCUGUCGAGCUAAGCUACCUUUAGCACAAGGACAGAAGAAGCAGCAGCACGGUGCCAGGAAGCGUGUACCAUAACAACGUGGUUUGAUAGAAAUAGCCUGUGUAUGUGUCCGCAUUACUAACGCUGUUAACUAUCCACUAUGACGCACACCGAGAUAAAGCGACACCCGUCCCUCUAUCUGGAGGUUUGCUCCCAGAAUGAAGAACUGCGUCUUCCCCUGCACACCUCCAUCGCCCUUUUUCUCCUCUCCUACUGCGACUGCAAGUCUUUCAAAGUGUUCCUUGUCUCCACCGAACCUGGCAGCUCCCAGUCACCGAGGAGUCAGCUGUCAGAGUCCGUGGAUGUGACUGACGUUCAGCUGGAGGAUCUGCCCCAGCUGGUGCGAGGCUGCCGCCUCCCUGCUGUGCUGGAUGAGACUGGGAGUCUCUGCAGGGCAGGACUGGCUGUGGUCCUGAGACACAUCAUCAACAAGACUUUACAGGCUGACCCCUCAAGGAAUGAUGUGUUGGCUCUGCUGGGGUUCAAGAAGACCUGUCUGAAGGCCUGUGCUGAGGUGAGCAAGUGGACCAGACUAUGUGAAAUUGGCAUCCCCUCCGCUGUUGAAGAACACCUCAAAAACCCCAACAAUCAAUAUCAGCAGCCGCCUCUAUCCAUCCUCACCCUGGAGCGGAGGCUGGCCGAGCCCGUCAAAGUCCACAAUGAUGACAAAAUACGGAGACAGAAACUCCAAGAGCAGAGACAGAAGGAAAAGAAUGAGUCCCCUGAAGGCGGAGGGAUCCCAGACUCUGGGUCCGAACCUGGACAGUCAGCUCAGGUCUGUGAUGGACUGGAGCUCAGGGCGGCUCUGGCCAAACUAUCUGUGGAUUCAGUUCCGACUCCGACCACCAGAGAGAACUCUGAGAUCAGGAAAGUGAAGACCACAGACCUGCCGCCGCUUGAGCAUGUGUUUGCAGAGGGACUGUACUUCACUCUGACUGAUGUAGUGCUGCUGCCAUGCAUCCAUCAGUACUUGUGUUCCCUCCUAGCAAACGCCGCGAGCACUCUUCAUCAGCUCCCCCACCUGCUGCGCUGGUACAGCCGUGUUCAGGAGGUACCUGGGGUCCUCCGGGCAGCCGAGGCCUGCGGGAUGGCCCUCUCCAUCCCCCAACUUCCAGCGUCCUCAGACCUCCUGGGACCGUCAGCAGAGGACAACCCAACCAGCCUACUGGAGCAAGAAGAAGGCCAGGAGAUGAGCACGCAGCCUCCCUUUGUCGGCGGCCCAAGACCAACAAUGACUAAACUUCAAGAAAAUGGCAUCGAGGCCGCCUUCGCUCCUCAUCCCUGCCCUGCCUGGACCCUCCCUUGGGACAGCUUACCAGGCGCCAUCAACCCCACUGAAGGGAAAAUGUCAAAUAUCCGUGCAGCCAGGAAGAGGCAACAGCUGAAUAACUUGGUCGCCAUGGUUACGGAGCUAGCGAGGCCGGGGUACACCGUUGUGGAUUUCUGCAGUGGAACGGGUCAUGUAGGAAUCGUUCUGGCUCACACGCUUCCAGAUUGCCAGGUCAUCCUCAUAGAGAACAAAGAGGAGUCACUGGUCAGAGCCCAGAGUCGCAGCACCGAGCUUGGCCUGAAAAACCUCAGUUUCAUUCAGGCCAAUUUGGAUUACUUCACUGGAGCGUUUCACAUCGGGGUUGCCCUCCAUGCAUGCGGCGUUGCAACAGACAUGGUGAUGGAGCACUGCAUCCAGGCAGGAGCCGCCUUCGUCAUCAGCCCCUGUUGCUACGGCUUCAUCCAGAAUGCAAUCAAGUUCAGCUUCCCCAAGAGCAAAAAGUUCCAAGAGACUCUGACUUACAAGGAACACAUGAUCCUCUGCCGCUUCGCAGACCAAACCGCCGUCCAGCUCCCUCCUGACCGCCGACUCAUAGGUAAACAGUGUAUGGGCCUGGUAGACUUGGACCGCUCGUGGGCAGCAGAGACUCAUGGGUACUCCGUGCUGGUGAUGACUAUGGAGCCCGAAAGCUGUUCACCGAAGAACAACAUGCUCGUGGGAAGGCCGCCGCAAAACAACGGCCUGGAAGUCGGUGCUGGCCAACUGGAAGCACCGGCGCAUAAUUAGGACUGUGGGCAGAGGAUCUUCAGCCGGUGCGACCGGGGGUUAGAUAAAUUACUCGGCCUCUGUGGCUACUGGCUGUGUCAUGACGGUGCUGAGAAUAUAACUACAUUUUAUCCACCAUGGACUUUUUCUUUUUAUCCAUUUUUUUUACAUGCUCUUUUGUAACAAAAAAAAUAACAACCUUGGAAAAUAAAACCCGUAUUUGCUUAUUA